AUGCGCAUGACUCUGGCGAAGUUGAAAUCAAGGUUAUUUGGCACACCCUGUAGUCACGUCCGCGUGAAUUUCAUAGGCAAGGAGCAGGAACGGUACUUUUCGCCCGUGUCUCGUGCUCAGGUUCGAGACUCACGGGCAGUUGACUCAGCAUUUUCAGGCUCUCUGGCCAGACCAAGUGGAGUUCCAGGGCCCUUGCGGAGACUUCGAGUACGAGGCGAAUCAGAGAUGACGCUCCUGGCCUCGGGCGGAGGUAUCGGCCCCGGCAUGCAGCUCAUCCGCGCCGUCAUGCACAACCCCGACGACAGGACCAAGAUCAAGCUCCUCUACUUCUCCGAAAAUUACGACAAGAUCCUGUUCCGCGAUGAGCUUGAUCGAUAUCGCCCCACAGCCAAGGACUCUCGACUCCAUAUACUGCACACGCUUGGGGAGUCGCCCGAGGACUGGGAGGGCGAGGAAGGCUUCAUCGACACGCAGAUGAUCAACAAGCACGUGACCAAACCCAAUGACCUGAGACAGAUGAUCAUAACGUGCGGAGGCCCCACCAUGGUUCUGUCAUGCCUGUACUCGCCGAGGUCCCUCUGCUUCCCCUGCGACGCCAUCUUCAUCUACAGGCAGUUCGGCGCCGAGUACGUGAGGAAGGUAUACGGUAGGAACGUCCAGCUCACCGGCCACCGCUCUCUCUGGCUGACCUUAACUGACCCAUAUUGA